GUCCAUGUACAGAUGUACUAGCCUAGUCAACUGAGAAAAUUAGCAUUUGUUUCCCGUCAAUCAUAACUGCCAGAUAUAAUCCACACCGCCGCUUAAAAAUCUCUUCUGAUUGUUAAUUUCUUUUUUUUUUUUUGAGACAAUUCUGAUUGUUAUUCUUAUUACCUUUCUUUCUCAAAGAAAAAAAGGAUCGGAAGAAUGCCAUCACCUUUGAUCUUGUUGCUUGCCUGCUAAAUACAUUUUUUCUCAAAUUUUCUACAAAAAUCCCACACUAGUCCUAAUUCAAAUGUUCAAUUGAUCAGUUAAAAUCCGAUAAUCCCGAUCCUUCUAUGUUCCUGUUUCAUGAAUUCUAGGAUUAUUGCAAGCUGUAGUAUUUAAUCCAUGCAAUUAAUAAUGAUGAAGCGUUGGCGAUGUUCCAAUGAUUGAAUUAUCUGAAAUUUCUCAUUACCAGCAGGCAUUCAUAGCCCAACUUUUGAUCAUCACAACAAAAGGUGAUAAUAUGGUUUCUCUAUAGAUGCUGUUUGCUGAUCUGGGACCCGGCCCGAAUUUGUGACCCUACAAAUGUCUAUUCAUGAAGACAACAAGAAGGAAACUAAAGAAGUUCCAGGUGCCUGUCUUUAUGACCUCCUUAAAAUGGAGACCUCUUCAAAGUGGGGUCACUACUCAAAAAAAUGGAAGAAUUCUGCUCUAGGUGCACGAGCGAGGCUGGAGAGUCUAUUAUCUGAAGCUGGCAAUAGAACUUGUGCAGAUUGUGGAUCACCGGAUCCAAAAUGGGUGUACUUCUCAGAAUUAAUACUCAUCUUAGUUCAUCUAUUUAUCUAUGGAUCCUGCUGGAUUUCAUCUCUUACCACUGGAGCUUUUAUUUGUAUCAAAUGUUCGGGAGUUCAUAGAAGCCUUGGGGUGCAUAUAUCACAGGUAUUCUCUGUGAAACUUGAUGAGUGGACACACGAGCAAGUCGAUACUAUAACUGAAAUGGGUGGAAAUAGUGUUGUGAACUUGAAAUUUGAAGCUCAAAUUCCUGACAACUAUAAAAAACCGAAUCCCGACUCUACUGCACAGGAGCGGACUGAUUUUAUAAGGAGAAAAUACGAGCUUCAACAGUUCUUGAACAGUGGUUUACCACCACCUUGUCCAUUUCCAUCUUCAUCAACUUCCUAUCAGAAUUCUGCAUUGCCCACUGAUAAGAAGCACCAACAUGAGAAACGCACAUCGGGUAACCGCAACAACCGGAAAAGAUCAGAAAAGACUUCGAAGAUAACUAACUCAACGGCAGGUAUGGUCGAAUUUGUAGGCCUGAUUAAGGUCAAUAUAAUACGAGGCACCAACCUAGUUGUCCGAGAUAUGGUGAGUAGUGACCCCUAUGUUGUCCUCUCACUUGGAAAUCAGUCAAUGAAGACACGGGUUAUAAAGAAUAACAUCAACCCGAUUUGGAAUGAGUGCCUAAUGUUGUCGAUUCCAGAAGAUAUACCUCCUUUGAAGUUGCAUGUUUAUGACAAGGAUACAUUCUCAACGGAUGAUUUUAUGGGGGAUGCGGAGAUUGAUAUUGAACCACUGCUCUCCGCUGCUAGGGCUACGGAGUCAUCCUCAACCGGUGAUGGUGGUGCCGUCACAUUUCAACCUGGUAGGGUCAAACAAGUCGUUUGCAUCUGCUUGCAGAAUGUUGAACGAGGCGCGCUGGAGAUCGAGCUCGAGUGUAUGCCUCUCACGCAAUAGCAAAGUCGAAAAGGGAUCUUUUACGCCAUAAUGCUUCAUCAGAUAAGCUCGUCACCAACACUUUCUUUUGAUUUCCAAUGUUGCUGAUGCGGCUCAGCAUUAUAAGGAGAGUGUUUCAUUAAUCUAAUCAUUCUUCUUCGCUAUGGUGCCUACAUUUUUGUAACUCUUGUUUUAUUGUACAUUAAAUGAUAAAUCAAUGUAAAAAAUACUGAACAUUAUAUUCUUUUCUUUUUUUGUGAAACAAAAGAUGCUUUAUUUAAGAAA